AUGGAGCUGGACGAAAAUUCAAGCGCCAGCUCUAGCUUCUUCGAACCAUGCCCUGCCCAUCUUUUGAUGGUCCCAGAUGACGAGCAUGAUCAGGAGAGCAGGACGAAGUACCAGGAGUUCAAAUCUGUCAACCCGAUCUUCCGACGCCCCAUUGACUGCGCCCGCAACAUGAUCUCUUAUUACUCUUCCUUUUGUCUUGGCUGCGCGAUUCACAGCGAGAACUACAUCCUCGAUGGGUUGUGGAAGGGUUUGAGACCAUCUCCCCAACAGUUUGAUAUGACUGUCCCGUUCGAAGACCUAUUCGAGUGCAACGAGCCCGAGUUCGGCACCCCCGAGCUCGUCGAGGCCAAGAGGGGUCGGGAGUUCCCGCACAUGAAGGCCAUGGUCCUUCUUCUCUCCUUCCUGGGACCGCAACACGCCCGGGUCAUCGAGGCAUAUUUCGAUGGCAGCUCGGUGGUGAUGCGUCCAACGCGGCUGUUUGAUCUCCGGGAGAAGGACGAGACCUUGAUCAGGACCUUUGCGCAGUGGUUCCUUGGGGAGCCGACGGGGGAGACCAGGGUGCUUCCGGGGGUGUGA